CUUCAUAUCGUACAUGUUAUUCCAGAGGAUAUAUACAUAUAUGGUGUGUGUGUGUGUGUGUGUGUGUCUAUUGUAACAAUAUUUGUUUUACAUGCAGCUGAUUCUGAUGCGAGAAUGGACUAUGUCAGACGGCCGGACACUAUGAGCGGCGGCCGUUUUCACACACUUGAAGAAGAUUUGUCUCUCCUCGUCCUGGACCAACGUACUGGCAGGUAACGGGCAUAGAUCGUCUAUGUUAAGCAUGGGGCACGGACUGGGAUUGCACUAAUGAGGUUUAAGAGGAAAGGCAGAAUGAAGGGUUGGGGCACCAAUAAGAGAGCCGUUGGCAAGUUGCUUUAUGUAUCAAAUCUGUUACAGAGCAAUGAUACGGCGAAACUUCCGGACCAGCGAGGAGUUCUCAUGGUGGGCAGAUCUGGUAUGGUGGCUGCAACGGGUGUCUCCGGGCCGACUGGUAGUUAUAACAGUCACUGGCCGCUCCACACUGGGCCUUCGUCAUGCGCGCACGCUCUUCGCUGAAUUGGGUUCUGCCUUCGCGCUCUAUCUGGCGCAACAGACGGCCUGGACGUGGGCCUUCGUCAAAGGUGGUCACACCAUCUACGAAUCACUUUUGAAAGGGAACCGUAAUACUGAGAUCACAUUGGCUUUUCAAGAUGUUAACGACAGUAUCUAUGCUGAAGGGACUAUAAACUUAUCGACAGAGCUUUUACCUACAAUAAAAAAUGACAAAGAUGAAGAACGCUGGCACUACUGCCACCUUCACGCUGCCAUGGGCGGACUUUGCGAUGAGCACACUCCGGACCCACUGCCACCGCCCCCGCCGCCUACCCUCCAGCACCAAUCCGCCCUCGCCGAUGUGCCCGUCGUCGUCACAGCCGGUGCCCGCCACCAGUACCUCUACCACACCCUCAAUACCCUCCUCACUGCCCCCGGGGCACAACGUAACAACGUGCUCGUCGUGCUUGGGGACGCACCACAGCCUACCACACAACUGCUACGUCUCAUCAACGUCAACUUCACCAAAGUUCCUGUUCACGGGGAAGGCAACCUCAAACUCUUCCGUUACUACCGUAGCGUCUUCCAGCUGGUGGCUCACACCUUCCCCGACGCCCCUGCAGUCAUUUUCCUGGACGAGGACGUCGAGGUCUCCCCAGACUUCUUCUCCUUCAUGAGCCAGACCCUGUGGCUGCUCCGCGAGGACCCCACACUCUACUGCAUCAACACUUACUCCUUCCUGCUAACCACAGGCGAUGGCCGUAGUGCGACCCUUGUUAGAAGGGGCGCAACCCAAGUAAUGUGGGGUUACGCGGUUACGCCAAAGUUCAUAAGGGAAUCAUUAUACCUGUGGCCCGAGUCUGGCGACAAUGAGGAUAUAUUGACAUACGAUUACUGGUUAUAUGAAUACGCGAGGAAGAAUAGGGAAUGCAUUUACCCUGAAAUUAGCCGCAUCCGACAUUUCGGUCUAGGCACCAACACGAAUCCUCUGCAACAUGAGUACGACGCCUGGCGAAGGCCUUUUCUUAAAGCGUCGGGCGUUGCCUUGUUCAACACAAAUGAAAUAUCAAAUCCAGGUUUCGAAAGCAAAUUUUUACAAAAAUUAAAGACCGCACGAAUUUUGGGCAAAGCCGACCCUUGUGGGCUUAGUUUUCCACCGCGCAGUAAGAAGGUAAAUACUCACUACGUGAUGUUUUUCGCAAUGGAAUACAAAGAGGAUAUCAGCAGUUGGAACUGA